AUGGGCCUGAAGGACCAUGUGGAGGACGGGACGGGCCACAUCCUCUGCCUGGGGCUGGAUCUGGACUACCUGCACGUGGACGGCGCCGAGCGGCAGGCCGGGCCCGGCGUCACUGGGAAGCGGGGCGCCGGGUCCAGCGCCGGGUCCAGCACCGGGUCCAGCGCCGGGUCCAGCACCGGGUCCAGCACCGGGUCCAGCGCCGGGUCCAGCCGCAGCAGCUGCAGCAACGUCUCCGAGGAGAGCGCCGUCUCCGACAGCGAGGACGAGUCCCGGACCCGGCAGCGGGCCGCGGCCCCCAGAGGCCCCUCCCCCUCCCCCUCCCCCUCCCCCGCCACAGACUGCCGCGGUAAGGUGGACUUCGCGCUGAAGCUGGGCUACCCGGAGGAGCUGGUGCUGCUGGUGCUCAGGAAGCUGGGCGCCGGCGCCCUGAUCAACGACAUCCUGGGGGAGCUGGUCAAGCUGGGGACCAGGACCGAGACGGAGCAGGGGGGCCGGCCGUCCCGCGGGCCGCCGCCGCCUCCCCCUCGCCCCCUCCGGCCGGCUCCUCCUCUUCCUCUCCUCUCCUCCUCUCUGGACAGGCUGCCGGAGGACAAGGAGAACCUGCGGCCGGUGGUUCUGGACGGGAGCAACGUGGCCAUGAGUCACGGGAAUAAAGAAGUGUUCUCCUGCCAAGGCAUCCAGCUGGCCGUGGACUGGUUCCUGGACCGCGGUCACAGAGACGUCACGGUUUUCGUCCCGGCCUGGAGGAAAGAGCAGUCCCGCCCCGACGCUUUGAUCACAGACCAAGAGAUCCUGCGGCGCCUGGAGAAAGAGAAGAUCCUGGUUUUCACGCCGUCCCGCCGUGUGCAGGGACGCCGCGUCGUCUGCUACGACGACCGCUUCAUCGUGAAGCUCGCCUACGAGUCGGACGGCAUCAUCGUCUCCAACGACAACUACCGGGACCUGGCCAACGAGAAGCCGGAGUGGAAGAAGUUCAUCGACGAGCGCCUGCUCAUGUACUCCUUCGUCAACGACAAGUUCAUGCCGCCAGACGACCCUCUGGGACGGCAUGGACCCAGCCUGGAGAACUUCUUAAGGAAGAGGCCUGUGGUUCCUGAGCACAGGAAGCAGCCGUGUCCCUACGGUAAGAAGUGUACAUAUGGCCACAAGUGUAAGUUCUACCACCCUGAGAGGGGCAGCCAGCCCCAGCGAGCCGUGGCCGACGAGCUGCGAGCCAGCGCCAGGACCUCCAGAGGCCUGCUGGGACACGCCCUGAUGCUGAAGAGCCAGAGUCCCUCUGAUGUCGAGGCGGCUCGUGGGAGCAAGCAGCAGAACCCGAGUCCGCGGGGCUCCCUGACCGACCUGACGGAGGACGUUUCGGACCCCUGGGGCCGCAGAGGAAGCAGCACCGGCGUGGUGGUGGGGCACUCUGCUCCGGGCGGCCCCCCUUCCUCGGACCCUGGAGGCAGCUCCAGGGCAGCGGCGGUCUCAGGACUGAGUCAGACUGAGUCCCUGCUCAGAUGUGAGUCUCCAGAAGUGGCCUACAGCUCUCUGGUGAAGAGCUACUCCGGCCAGGUCGUGCCUAAAACCCCCGAACGCCUCUUCCCUGCUGAUCUGCGGAGCGUUUUGCUGCCGUCAGACUGCAGCAGUGAGGGCAGCGCCAGCUCAGACUCUUUCUCCCCCGAUCCCCUGUUGGACGAUAGUCCCAAGUGCCAUCACCACCACCCCCACCACCAUCACCCCCCGCCCAGUAUGGCCACCCUACUCCGUCCGGGACUGCGGCGGCAGCAAGCCUUCAGCGUGGACGACCCGCCCUCGUCCGCUGUCCCUCACGCAUCCCUGAGAUCCUUCAGGACGCCUCCAGCCUUCAUCCCAGCUCAGCACCAGCACAGUCCCCACGCCUUCCCGCUCCCAGCAGUCGCUUCCCUGCACCCCCCCCCGCCAGAGCCAGGAGCCCCCGCCUUGGCCCGGUACCAGGACCUCCGGGACAGGGUGUUCGUUAACCUGUGUGGUAUCUUCCCUCCCGACCUGGUCAGGGCCGUGAUGUCCAGGAAUCCUCUGAUGACGGACGCUCAGGAGCUGGCAGCUGCCAUCCUGCUGGAGAAAUCCCAGCUCGGGUCCUAA